CCUUGACAUGCGCUAUUUGUGUUCUUCUUCAAAUUGUGGGAAAGAGGAUUUAUUUCGAUUUAAAUUUAAAUAAAUAUAAAAUAAACCGCGAUUAUCGAUCGAGAUUUCUCCUCACGUCCUUGUAAAGAACAUGACUGAUACUGCAACACCGACGGGACAAAAUCCCGCAGAAGAAAAGCCCAGCGAAGUAAGGGUUUGGAAAAUUUCGACCAGUAGAAAUAACCGUUGCAAAAUAUUGAUAAAAAGCAUGUACACUUGUGUGUUGUAUUUACAUAUUAUUUAUGUUUUAUUUUAGCUGUCCGAAGAGGAGAAAUUGAAGUCAAAGUAUCCCGGAGGAUUAAAGAAAAAUUUUGCACAAUCAAGGCUUCGAAAUCGUGGAGGGGUAAGCUAUUUCAAAAGCAAAACAAUUUUACAAAUAUUCAAAUCUUGACUGAGUUGACUCAGAUUUUUUGUGUGAGAUUGAUAAACACACUACAAAUACUUGUAAACUCUUGUAUCUGUAAAAAUAAAACUGUAUAAGCUGUUUGAUAUUAAACUCGAUUUCAGUUUAAAAAGUAUUAAAUAAUCUCUUACACAAUUUGAAAUAUAUGGAUAGACAUGAGUAGUUGUGAUAUAAAAAAGUUGGUCAUCUGGUAAGAAUCUAUCUUGCAAUUGGGGUUGAAUGUUCGGAGCUACAGAGUCCAGAACCAAUUACAUCAAUUUUAUACGCCAUCAAAAAAUGCUAUAAUUUCCAAAUUACAUGCCAUCAAAAACGUGCCAUCAAAUCCGUCUGUAGUAACGCCGGUAUGGUAAUUAGAUUACCCAAUUAGCUAAUUAAUUUCCCAGAUUUGACGGAAGAGAAGAUGGGUGUGAAAUUCAUUAGAAUAACAACAUAUAUAAAUUAUCUAUGUUAGUCAGUUGACGUUUAUUCACAAAUCUGGUCCUUCGCCGUCAUGUGUGUAUUGUAUUUUUGCCAAACUCACCAAUAGCACUUUCCUAAAACAUUGUUGUUGGUUAGUUGGGCAAAAAUACAAUAUGCACUUGACAGUGAAGGACCAGAUUUAUGAAAUGGGUUAUAUUGUUAUUCUGAUGAGUUUCACAGCCAUCUUCCCUUCGAUAUAGGCUAUGGACAGUCACAGAUUAUUAUCUUGAACAAUCUGUGACAGUGAACACCACUUGGUCAAACAUCCACAUAAUAUUACUUCUUGUAUUCAAAACUGGAAAUAAUAUUGUCUUCACGAAGCUCUAGCAAAAAGUUUAAAGAAAAUUACAAGUGUAUGUUUGUCUUGACACAAGGAAAAAACAGUGACAUUCCCUGCAUUAUAGUUUCAGCUGUUUCCUUAUAGUAAAUGCUUUUCUUUUCCAGUAUUUACUGCUACUAUUUUGGCAGACAUUUUUCCGUAUACUUGCGCGUGCGCUUUACAUGCCACUCUGUGGAUAUAUUGUCAUUUGUCAACAUAUAUUUAUUAUUUAUUAUUAUUAACCAUUAAGUUGCAGAGCUUCCCCACUGACGGGUAAAAUCGUCUGGUGUUAGACAAGUAAAUAUAAGUUGGGCGCACUGUGGCUCAUUGCGGCUCAAUGGGUUAACUAGAGACGCUGUCAGAUUUUUUGGUCAACCCAUUACUGUCGUUCCAAUUGAAGUGUUGCUCAAAUAUUGAUUCAAUACAUUACCUCGGGCUGACCAAUUCAUUUGAUCAAGUUCCUCGAGAUAUUCAUACACUUCCUGUGAAAGAGCCAAUUCCAAGUAUUUGAUCAUUUCUGGUCACUUCCUUUCUAUUUAUGAUUGGUUAGUUGCACAAACAACAAAGGUGAUUGGUGCAUUCAAACUAUUCAACAGGAAGUGUACAAUUAUACUAGGAAGUGUAUGAAUAUCUCGAGGAACUUGAUGAAAUGAAUUUGUCAGCCCGAGGUAAUGUAUUGAAUCAAUAUUUGAGCAAUACUUCAAUUGGAACGACAUUAAGCCGUAGAGUUUCCCCACUGACAAGUAAAAUCAUCAGGUGUUAGGCAAGUAAAAAAAUAAGUGGGGCGCAUUGCGGCUCAAUGGGUUAAGCAGCAAUGCUCCCUGAUGCACCCUUCAUGGAAUACGGAGCAUACAUACAUAUGAUAAUUUACUCUAUAUGUCUAAUGGCAGACAAUUUUACUUGUAAGGAAGAGUGUUGCCACUCAAUGAGUUAAUGCAUUAAAAUAACUUGAUAUGAUUGUGUUUUUUUUCAAGGUGAAAUACUUUGAUUCUGGCGAUUAUCAAAUGGCCAAGACAAGCAACAAGAGACCUCUAGCCGGACUUGGAGCAGCUAUUCCAAAACCCGAAAACAUCCCUCACCGAAAGGAGUCCGUCCCAAGUAAAUUGGCCAGCCCAACGUCCGUCAGCGUUCAAGAUUGAAUUGAUAUCCCGAUUAUUUGAAGCAAUGAGAAACUUCGUGUUCAUUGAAUGUAUAUUACAGGAAUUAUUUAGCAAUGGGUUCUUCUCUUUGGCACAAUUAACGUUUCUGGGAUUUCGGCUUUAUAUGACAAUUUAUUUUCAUACUAACUUAUUGCAAAGAAUUAGGACGAAGACGGACUUAUUGUAUGUGUAUAUAUAACUUAAUAUGCUAACCUUAGAUUCUGGCACUUUGCCUUUAGAAACACUAACAAAAAUAGCAGUUCUUGCAAGGAUAUAAGCCUUGUAGGAUAAUUACAAACACUAGUACCAGUUUACAGAAAAAAGAUGAAGUCAUCUAGUAGGGAUGUGCCAGAUAUUGCAGCUAUGGAUAUUGCAACCGUGAAACCAUCUGUUUUCCGUUAAAGGGCAUAUGACUCGAAAAUUGACGUUGUUAUUAAUAUUUUUUAGUCUAAUUUGAAAGUUCAUUGAAAACUGUAGAGUAACUUCUUUGAUAGAUUUUUGUUUUCUCGCUUCGUUUUGAAGAUAUUUUAUUUUUUAUGAUAUGCAAAGCACCAACUUCCUACGUCACAUAUACGCAUAAUGAUCUAGCCCUAAUAGCUGUAUAUCUUUAAUACGACUAAACACAAUCUGUAGAAAACCUACAUGGGUUUUGUUGUUGACUAAUCUCAUGCUCGUCAUUCAUUUUGAGCGAAUUUAUUUGAUAGUGACAACAUUUAUAUAUAACAUUUUAAAGUAAGUCAUUAUGCCUUUGUGAUAUAGAAAGUUGGUCCUUUGCAUAUCACAAAAUGAAAUAUCUCCAAAACGAGGCAAGAAAACAAAAAUUUGUCAAAGAAGUUACUCUACAGUUUUCAAUGAUCUUUCAAAUUUUCGAGUCAUAUAUGCCCUUUAAGAUAUUGUGAAACACUAAAAACUAGUCUACCGGACAUGCGACACAUUAAAACAAAAUACCAGUUAAGUUUUUUUGUGAUGUAAAAUGCUCUCUGCUGUAUAUUCUCUGACGAUCAUUGUGCCACAUGCUAAACAGACAAUGGACUAUUUUAUGACAAAAUGUCAGUGACGUAUUGUCCAAUUAGUACCACGAUCAGUAUCUGGUUAUUAUCUGGUAGACUACAAUCCAGUACCAUCCGGUUAUACAGCGAAGCAGUAACCGGCACAUCCCUAUGAUCUAGUUACAGUGUUGACAACCAAUUCUAUUUGGGGUUCUGCAUGACCCAUCUAUGGUAUUCCCUUGAAAAUUUGUAAUAAUUUCAUAGGAGGCUAAAGAUAUUUUCUGCCAUCCUUGUGUGUUUUCGUAAGUAACAUGAGCAGCAAAAUUAUUGCAACAAAACUCCAUUUCAACACAUGUUAAUUAAAAAUGUUCAUGCUAAUUAGUGCCUAAUUAAUCGCCCGAACAUUUUCAAAUAACAGUUUCUGUGAUCACAGUAGGAAUUUUGCGUAGGGAAAUUCUAAGUUUUGAAGGAUUUGUUAGAAAUGUUUGAGGGACUGACUUGAUGUCAAACACCGAGUCGGUUUCCCAAAUAUUUCUUACAAAAAUCCUUCAAAACUUAGAAUUUACCAAUGCAAUAUUCCUAAUGUCACAGAAACUUUGAUAGCAAUUUAGUUGAGUGUAAAAAUUCAUUGAAGAUUUAACUAUAUAGCCAUAGUAUUAAUAUUAGUAUAUGUAUUGUGAAUAAGCUUGAUAGCCUUACUCUCUCCAGUUAUUAUAGGGCUCAGUGGCCCUAGAUGUCACCCUCAGUACCUGUGGCUGAUGUUUUUGAGGAAAUUGCUUAUAAGAAUACUAAUAGCCAUAACAUGUAAAUUAUUAAUCUUAUGUCAAAAAAUCUUGCACAAAAAUUCACUUAGAUUGUGUAAGCAGGCAAAGUACAACAUGUCAAUAUAGCACUUGUUCAAAUAAAGCUUUUAAAAG